UGAAUUGGGGAGAGACAAUUGUCCAAAUGGGUCUAAUGAUCCUACUGGUUCAUGAAGGUGAAGUUGCUUAUUGUCCACUUCUACACUUGGCUCCUGAUCUCUCAAAAAACGACAUCAUUUUUGGUACGUUGUGGGGCCAGCUCAGCAAAUUUGGCAUAGUUAGAAAGCGAGUAUAUAGCUUAUCAUACACUCCGCGAGUGCUCUCCGAUUUCACUUGCAAAAACAAGCGCGCACACACGAGCACACCGUUAUAACAGACUAAAGUUCCCUCCUCAUUCUCUCUUACCCUCUGCAUAACCCAAAAAGGCAAUCCCCAUUUUUCUCUCUCUACAGCUCUCUUUUCUUUUUCUAAUUCUUGUUCUCUAUAAUCAAGAAAAAUCAUCAAUGGCGAUGGAACAACUCGUGUCACUAAAGCUUCCAGGUGAUCCGCGACCAAGAUUGUCGCUAUACGUGGGUGAUUUGGACCCAGAAGUAACAGAAAUGAACCUCAGGACUGUGUUUUCUUCAAUGGGUCCCAUUAGAAAUGUUCACCUUUGCCGGUGCUCACUUACCGGCAGGUCUCUCUGUUACGGCUAUGUCAACUUCUACCGUCCUUACGACGCAUAUAAAGCACUGUCUAACCUGAAUCACACAUACUUGAAAGGCAAACUCAUGAGGAUAAUGUGGUGUCAAAGAAACCCUUGUGCUAGAAAGAGUGGUAUCGGCAAUCUUUAUGUGAAGAAUCUUGAUGCUUCAAUUGACAGUGCUGGCUUGCAGAGCUUGUUUUCCAAAUUUGGGACUAUACUGUCUUGCAAAGUGGUUGAAGAACAUGGCAAGAGUAAGGGUUAUGGGUUUGUCCAGUUUGAUUCAGAGGAUUCUGCCUUGGCUGCUCGAACUGCUCUCCAUGAUACUAUGCUUAAAGAAAAGAAAUUGUACGUUUCCAGAUUUGUCAAGAAAAGUGAGAGGACCACAGCCACAUCUUAUGACGAACUGAAAUUUACAAAUCUUUAUGUUAAAAAUCUGUCUAAGGAUAUGACUCAGGAUGCCUUUCACAAUAUGUUUUCUGCAUUUGGGGAGAUUAUCAGUGCUGUCAUCAUGCAGGAUCAUAAUGGAAAAUCCAGAGGUUUCGGAUUUGUUGACUUCGAGUCACCAGAAGAUGCUAAGAAAGCUGUUGAUGCUUUGAAUGGUUAUCAAUUAGAAUCCAGGACUUUGUUUGUGGGAAGAGCUCAAGCGAAAGCUGAGAGAAAAAAGAUAUUACAACAUGAAUACAAGGACAUUUUCAAUACUCAUAUGGAGAAGUUUAAGGCUUCAAAUCUGUAUGUGAAAAAUCUUGCUCUGUGUAUUGAUAAUGACAAGUUACAAGAACUUUUCAGCUGCAGUGGAAAGAUAGUUUCAGCAAAAGUGAUGCGGUAUGAUAACGGUGCAAGUAGGGGAUUUGGGUUUGUGUGUUUCUCAAGUCCUGAAGAAGCAAAGAAAGCUCUGAAUGCUCUGAAUGGAGCCGUGUUUCAAGGGAAGUCUCUCUAUGUGGCAAUGGCACAGUGCAAAAGGGAUCGCCAACUGGCAUUGCAAACGUACUUUUCAGUGCCUCAAUCUCAGCCACCAUAUCUUUCUGACAGCAGUGUUGUUCCGCCCCCAAUCAGUCCAGUUUAUUACAAUUUCUAUCCUUACUCCCAGCAAGUCCCUUUCCUGAACCGUACAUUCUCAUAUCACAAUCUUGGUGCAAAUAUGGGGUUCCAGCAUCCUUAUGCAGCACAAAGUUACCAUCAGCAUUUUUCUGCAUAUAUUCCAGUGGCAGAAAUGGAUCAAGACUCUCAGAAGACCACCGAUCAGUCCUUCCAAAUGACUGCUAUGAAACAUGCAACCUUUAAUCUUUCUGACCAAAAUAUGAACCAUAGACAUCCUGGAUUUCAAAUCAUUAGGUAUACGAAAUCUUCGCCGAAUAAAGUUGGAGCUGCAGGAAAUAAUCUCAAAAGACUACUAGCUACUCAAAAAACUUCUGGUAACCCCAAGAAAGUCACUGGGAAUGUUCACCCCCAUGUUGAGAAUUUUCAGCCUGACCUUUCAGGAAAUAAUGCCAGAAUGCUAUCAGAGAUUAUCAACUCCCCGAGUUCUUCUGUUUUACCAGCUCACAGGACAGCCCAAGUGCUAAAGGAGGUCAACAUUUUGAAGAAGGUUGCAGAUGCUGGUCCUGCAGCUAUGCCCAAGACAGCUAAUCGGUGCUUGAACUACUAGUCGGUGCAUUUUAACUUUCAAACAUACUCGCACUACUAUUUUCAUAAAGCUUGUUAAAUGUAGGUGUUUGUAAUAGCCUGAUUGGCGCAGUCUUUGCUGUAUUUGUUUUUAUGAAAGGAAUCGUCUUCUCUAAUUUCACUAUAAAUCUCUACAAGAGAGACCAAUGCCUGAUUUAUCAUUUGUGAAAUGGAAUUUGUUUCUGCUAU